AGCCAUUGCCAGAAGCUGAGCAUUUGUGAAGUGUGCUCACGUGUGCAGGCGCUUCAUCGCAUUGUGUUCUCUUUUUUGUACACCCCAAGCAGUUCCCUUCUUCGAAACGCCAUGAUGCGCGGACUCCGAAGUGUGGCAGUGGUUUGCGUGUUGCUGGGCUUGUGGAAUGCCUUCACCCCACCCUUGAAGAGCGGGUGGUCGACGGCCCGUGAUCAGAGUUUGGUGGCUCGGAAGGCGGACUCCUCUGGUCUCACGCCCUUUGGACCGGUGGUGACCUAUGCCAAAGCACUCAUGGAGGGAGGCAAAAGCAAGGGUGAGGAAGUGGCGGUGACAAAGGAUGUGCUGUACAUCAAACUAAUGUACGACUCGGAUGAGUUUAAGGAGAAUCUGGUCGCGGUGCUGAACAAUCCCAAGCUCAAGGAGUUGGAGAAGGCCGAGACCAUGGUCAAGCUGAUGCCCGGCCUGAAGUCCUCGGUGAUGCCCAAGUUUAUCACCUUCUUGGCCAAGAAGAACCGCUUGGGGGGCGUCAAGAGAAUCAUGCUUGAAUUCGUCCAGGCCAUGUACUUCAACAACGCGAUCACCCCGGUGAAGGUGACUUCGGCCCAACGCCUGUCAGACGAGCAGAAGGAUAAGAUCAAGGAGAAGAUGAGCAGCAAGGUGAGCACUGACAUCAAACUCUUGGAGGAUGUGGAUCCUGGUCUCUUGGGUGGCUUCAAGUUGGAGUGGGGCUACCAAGAUCCCGACCGCCUCAUUGCUCCUUCGCAGGGCGUGGACUUGUCCUUGAAGUUCAUUCUCAACAAGCGGGCUCUUCAGAAGGGCGUGGUGGAUGCCCUCUAAGGAUCUUACGAUCAUCAAAGGAAGGAAACCCGGUCGACCUCGUCCGCUCCAUGGUUCAGAUCUGAGCCGGCUGAGGCCGUGGGCCAUAUAUUUUUUCCCAGCUUAAGGUCAUUUUGUCCGUCUUUUUUGGAUCUGUGAAGUCCUGCACCUACGCC